UGCAGUGCAGUGCAGAGUAACUCAGCAACUGUUUGUACUCUGCAACAGAAAGUGCAGUGUGUUAUUUGGCUUGUGAAAACUGAGUCAGUUAUAACAGUGCAACGUAAUUUUAGAUGCCAGUAUGGUGGUGAACCACCUACAGCAAAAACUAUCAGUCAUUGGGGAAGGCAAGAAGGGGAUAAAACGGAAGAAAGAGAAAAUCAAGAAACCAAAAACAGAACCGAAAACAAGAGAUGAAGUAUUAGCGCAGAAAAAGGCACUUACAUAUUUGAAGCAGUGGCAUCGAGAUCGUGGAAACUGGAAAUUUGAGAAAUUGAAGCAGAUAUGGCUUAUCCAAAACAUGUUAGAUGCAAGCAAGAUUCCAGACAAGAAAUUCAAAAUAUUUCUUCAGUAUAUUGUCCCUAUAAAAGGGAGUGCAAGAAGAUUAGUUGAAGAAAAAGCAUCAGAAAUAAUUUCCGCAAUGGAAAAAAGAAUAGGACUUGAAGAGCAAGGAUUGACUGAAAAUGAAAUACUAGCACAAAACCCACAAUUGGCUGGUGUGACCCAUACUUCCUAUGAACGUAGCAGACAGAUUCUUCAGUCAUUGCAAGAAGAAUGAUAAUAGUCGAAAUGUGUAAAUACCAUGUAUGUUCACUUAAUCUCGGAUGAAAAAUGUCCUUAUUCUUCUGUAUCUGUUUUUUUUUUCUUUUUAAUGUGAACAAUAUCCUAGUUAAUUAAUUUUACAUUAAUGUAUAACAGUGACACUUCUGAUAUGUAAAUUGUAUCAUAAAAUAUAAUAAAUUAUUUUUAUACGAAGAAUAAUCAGCAGUGUUUUAUAAUUGAGUCAGGAUACUAAUGUCACUGAUGGUUUUGGUCUUUAGGAAGCUCUAUUUUCCUGUCUUAGAGAUGAUUUGUCAAAUGCUGAUGUUCUACUACAUGUGCUCAGUUACAGAAAUUGCAAAGGAAAUCUUGACAUCCUGGCUACCCAUUUUGAAAAUGUCUCGUGUUAAUUGAGGAUCCCUUCUGAGUAUUCCUGUUUUUUCUUCUUCUUCCUCCUCUGUUGUUGUUAUCCUCCUCUGUUGUUGUUAUCCUCCUCUGUUGUUAUUAACAGUGUAUUAUUUGCAGUAAGAGGUUAUA